AUGCAUUGGAUGCCAACCACCGAUAAACCCCAUCGAAGAAGGUUGCGAUUUUAGGAUAUAUCCUAGGAACAAACUAGCAGCAAUGGCAGAGUCUUGUCGGACGUAUUUUAGGAUGCACCAAAAUGGACACGCUGCUUUCCAUUUCUAGUACUGUAUUUUUUUUUACGAAUGAGCUUGCGAAAUGCGGAUUUAAACUGAGUAAAUAUUUUAACACAUCUCAGGAGUAAGAGCUUGAAUUAACGACGGUACCAUUUACGAUGUUUUCGAAAUCGUUCCGUGUCAAGUCCAACACAGUGAUCAAAGGAUCCGACAGGAGGAAGUUGAAAGCGGACAUAGCCACAGCCUUUCCCUCUCUGUCUGUGGAGGACCUGUCCGAGUUGGUCCCAAACAAAGAGGAGCUGAAUGUCGUGAAGAUUUAUGCCCACAAGGGAGAUGCAGUGACCCUCUACGUGCUUCAUAAGACCCCAGUGUUGUUUGAGCUGGAGAAAUGUCUCUAUCCCACAGUGUAUACGCUUUGGCGUUAUCCCCAUGUCUUGCCAACAUUCACAACAUGGCCUCCAGUGCUACAGAAACUGGCUGGAGGGGCAGAUCUCAUGCUGCCUGGAGUGGUGGUGCCUCUAAGUGGGAUCCCAGAGGUGAAGAAGGGGGACUGCUGUGCUGUUAAAGUUGUUAGCAACAGGGCUCCCAUGGCAGUGGGCACUGCCACCAUGUCCAGUGCUGAGAUGAGGAGCUUGGGCAUGAAGGGCAGAGGGGUGUCAGUCCUCCACACCUACAUGGACAGCCUGUGGGCAUUUGGAGACAAGUCUGGUCCUCCCUCCAUUCCUGAUGUGGACACUGAGGGUGUCGAGGCAACCUAUGAAGAAGAAGAAGAGGAGGAUGAUGAUGAGGCAACAGAGGGGGGUGAAGAGGAACCCUGUCCCAACCGUGUCCCAGAUGCCCCCUGCCCUGGUAUCCAGGAGCUCAGCCUGGCUGACAGGGAGGAGGGAGAGCACGGGAAAGAGGAAGGAGAAGACCCAGAGGACCUGAGAAGCCCACAAGAGCAGAUGGAUGCCCUGCUACUGCAGUGUUUCCUCCAGGCGCUCAAGAGCAAAGUGAAGAAGUCAGAGCUCCCCCUGCUGACCAGUAGCUUCCUGCGCAUCCACAUGUUCUCCUGCUGUCCAAGUGGAAAGCAACUUGACAUCAAGAAAUCAAGCUAUAAAAAGUUAUCCAAGUUCCUUCAGUGCAUGCAGCAGCAGCACAGCCUGGUGAGGGUGAAGGAGCUGAGUAAAGGGGUGGAGAGCAUUGUAGAGGUUGACUGGAAGAACCCAGAACUGCGCUCCUUCCGCACCCCGAAGGAUCCUGGGAUAGAGGAGGCCUCAGUGGAGGUGGGAAGAGCAGAGGGGGAGAAGCCCUACCAUCCCCCUGAGAUCACUACCCUCUACAGUGUGUCCUCUCGUCUGGAGCCUCUGUUUCAAGAUGCCAAGAAGAGGAAAGGAACAGUACUCCAACCAGCGGAAGUGAGAGCAAUCAUCACAGAUUAUGUGAAGAGGAACGAGCUGGUGGAUGAGAAUAAUAAAAAUUAUGUCAUCAUUAACCCGAUCCUAUGUGACUGCCUACUGGAGAAGUCAGAGUACCAGGAGGUGGAGGCACUCAAGUGGGAUGACCUCUUCAGCAGGACGCUAUACAAAAUGCAGCACUGCCACCAGCUGGUGUUCCCUGGCCAGCCACCCAUAGUAAAGAAGGGCCACAUUGAGCCCAUAGACAUCUCUGUGGCCUCCAGGGGCUCCAACAAGAAGGUGACAAUGAUAAAGAACCUGGAGGUGUAUGGUCUGGACCCCAUGGCUGUGUCAGUCGCCCUGCAGCACAGAGUCCAGGCCAGCUCAGCCCUGAACCCGGUUCCCGGCUCCAAGGACCGAGUCCUAGUCCAAAUACAGGGAAACCAGGUCCAACAAGUCUGCAAACUUCUACUAGAUAAGUAUCAAAUUCCCUGCAAGUACAUCCAGGGACUAGACAACAAAGUUCAGAAGCCUGGGAGGAAGAAAUAGUACAUCUUCAAUCGUUCAUCAACGAGUAUGUAUAGGUGUGCAAAAAAGCAACAAAAUGUUUAUCAUUCAUGAAAUAAAGUCUACUCCAGGA